ACUGACCCGACGUUUUAAAAAGUUCGUUUUCUGGAGAAGGUCUUCGAGAUUCAAUCUAAUUCGGCGUCGAAAUCUAUGCCGUGGUUCAAUGAGCACGUGUCAUCCUAUCAUCUUAGCCGAGCCAGUCAUCGCCCAAAAAGUUCUUAUUUUCACGUUGCUCCAACGGCUAACCGUGACUUGGCCCGCCCCUCCAGACCCAGAUCCUUGAUUUUGUCCGGAUUGAAGGAGACCAAGACAGACCGGAGGCUGCCUGAGGGAAACGAGCUGGAAAAUACGGAUUGACAUCUUGAACCCGCGGAACAAAAAUGGGUUCUAGUGAAGCCCUCUCGCGCGAGACUUCUACUCGUUUAUCGACACUUUUUCACGUGGGCGUGCCCGGGGGUUCGCUUCUCUCCUUGGACGCCCAAAGUCGAUGGGUAUUGAUUCAUGGCAUCCUCCAAGCUUAUGAUUCCAGUUGGAAACUUCCCGAUUGGCCCGUGAUUGUGGGUCACAAGAGUGAAUCGCUCCCUUGGCCGACCUCAGUUGUGCCCGAUGGCCCUAAUGGAAACCCCAAGGACGAUUGGUUGUCCAGAAAGAAAGACAUGGCCGAGAUCAAGAGGUGGAUCACAUUGUUGAACGUGGGCCAUUUGUUGCCAAAGAAGUUCGAGUUCGAGGAUGACAUGAAAUUCAUUCACUUUGUGGGCACACUCAUGGACAAGAUUGGCGCCACACUGGGAACCACCAAACUCAUGGCCAAUGUCCGGGUUAUCGUGAAGAAACAAGCUCGAUCAAAUGCACUCCAAAUAGGUGGAAAGACGAACAGGGAUCAUUUGAACCGGAUAUCAACCAACAGCGUAGUCAAAUCUGAGGAUGAGUCGGAUCCCCUUGAUAAAGAGAAUGUCGUACCAGUUGCGAACUCGGUCACCUCAGAAGACGAAGACAAUGAUGACCCUUUGGCCAACAUUAUUCCUAGCGGCCUCCAGUUGCCACGAACACCGAUGGUCCGAUCCACAUCUUUCCAGUCAGAGCUUUCUGAAGAGGAGACAGAAGACGAGAAACCUUUGGUUUUGGAGGAGGAGAGCAUGAAUGAGAAAUGUGACGACAGAGCUAAUGAGAAGGAAUCGCCAAAGAAUCUAAUCCCGACUGGUAAAGAAAUCCCGAGGACUCCUUAUGUCAAUCCGUAUCGACCAAUGCCAGAUGAAGACGAGGUCUCGACCGAAGAUGAGAAGAUAAUACCCGCACAUGCUUUCAAUGAAACAUUUGAUGCAAAGGCCGAUGAAAUCGUCCGUGCUGCAGACGACGAUAAUUUGACUGAAUUAGAUGAAAAGUUAAAUGUUCCCGUCACCCAAUGUCCAUCCGAUGGGUUACUCGAUCAGACUUUUGAUGUGGUUGAAGGCAAGCCGAAAUUGGCCACUAAAGAUGAUUCGAAGACAGCUGUUUCUAAGCAAGUCAAGCCCACCAAGUCCCGGAAGAAACCCUCUAAGGUCCAAGUUAAAAAACCGGAUCAUCUCAAGGUGCCAACGACUGAUACUAACAACGGAGAUGAACAAACCGACUCCCCGUUCUUCAAACACGACGGAAAACCAUGCGUCAAGUCCGCGCCCGAAGUUAAAUCCGCCAAUGUAGAGCCCGGAACAAACGUAAUUAAGGAAGUUAUUGCUGUUAAUGCGACUGACGUGGUUGCAGAUGCGAAGGAUAUCGAACCCGAGCAGAAAUCUAAGAAAGGUCGGAAAGCUAAAUCUGCAAUUGAGGGAGAUAUCGCCAAUGGUCAAGACGAGAAAGAAACCAUUGACUCAGUGGACAAGUUGGUUCCUAAGGCCAAGAGGACUGCCAAGAUUAAAGCCAUUUCCGGUCGUGCAAUUGCUGCCAAGACAACAGAGCUUCAAAAUGAAGAUCAAGAUGCAAAGGCUACGAGUGAAAAGGCAGCCGAAAUGCCAUUGACUAAACUCCCAAGAGAAUCGAAACGCAAAGGAAAGGGCGCUCCCUCUCAAGAUAAUGUGGAUGGUGUGUCCAAUCCUGUCACAGAAACAAGCGAGGAAAAGACUGACAUUGAUACCGAUAAAGGAGAGGCUAAAAAGGGUCGGCGGCUUCGAGUUCCAAAACCAGCAGUGAAUGAACAAGAAGAAAACGCCAAGAGUGUUAAACCGACGAAGAAGGAGAAGGAAGCAUUGAUGAAAGUCGAAACUAACGAGCCUUCAAAAGUGGAACCAGAAAAUGUCAAAAAAGGUCGAAAACCGAAGACAGUGCCAGCGGUUGUCGAGACGGAAGAACCCAUAGAGCCGCUUGAGCCUGGAAGCAAAUCUGCUCCAAAGGCCAAAAGAGAUACGAAAAAAACUGUCAAAACGAGUCUUGAAUCAGAAGAACCAGAAGUGAUCAAAGAGAUUGACACCAAAAAGCGAGGGAUAAAACGAGGCCAAAAAUCUGCCCAAGAUGAGGAAUCUGAAGUAAUCGAGACCAAGAAGAAGACUAGAAGCAUGAAAAACAAAGGCAAAGCUACCGAAGAACCUGCUGCUCUUGUGGUUGAAUGUAUGGAUGACGAAGACCCAGUUGAAGAAAAGGAAGACGAACCCGUGCCUACAAAGAAAGGCCGCAACCCUCGAGCCAAAGCACAAACAAAGGACAACAUAUCUCCCAAAGUGAAGAAGCAACUCUCGAAAAAAGUCAAAGAUAAAGCGACUAAAGACUUGGACACCGAACAAUGCUAUGACCUCUCCGAGCCAAAAGUGGAAAAACUGCGCAAGACCAGAGGCAAGAAAACUCAAAGUACUCAAAAGGAAGAGGUCGCCGAAAAUCCAAAAUUUGCAUCAGAUGAUGAACCUCAAGAAGAGAAAGAAGAAGCUAUGGAUGCAGAUCUCGAGGAAGACCAAAACAUGAAAAUUAAACCAAAAGAAAAGAAAGGUCGCAAAGGAAAAGUAGAAACAGCUCAAAGCCAAGACGAAGCCGGUCAACUUGUUGAGGAGAAGAUGAGCAAAAGGCGCAAAGUAAAGGCCAAACCUAGUGACCACAUUGAGUCUAAGGUCGUAGAAAAGCCCAACAGAGGCUCCAAGAAAGCACAUCCAGAAAAAGCAGUUGAAUGCAGUCCGAAUCUAGUUGAAGAUAAUGAAGAUGAAAAAGAGGUCUCAUUCAAAGAAAAACCGUCGACGAAACGAGGUGCCAGAACCAAAAUAAUGAAACCUCAAGAGAAGUCUGAGGACAAGGGUACGGGCCCGGUACCAAAAAAGGCCGCAAAGAAGCGUCGUGCCUCAAGUUUGAAUUCCACCCAGACCCGUGAACAUCUGAAAUUGGCUUUAUUGAAGGCCAAAGAAGCCGAGGAUGCCUUAAACAACGGUGGUCCAUCGCCUCCCAAGGUCAAAAUGACCCGAAAGAAAGGUACGGCCAAAACGUCGUCCUCGGCCCCGAUCUCGGACCAGUCUUCAGACAAAGGUGGUGGGCUUUCAAAAACAGGCGCUGUUUCGGGCCAAGCAAUUAAAGAAGAGUCUCGAGAGCAAAAAUUGGAGUUGCUCGACAGAUUGUUUGACCGCAAGAAACAGAAGGGAGUCGGCAAAACCAAUAACAAGGAUGUCAAUUUGGAGGAACCAACCACCAAAUUGGGAAAUACGAAAAAAUCUGCCAAAUCUGCCAAUCCUGAUAACACCAUUCAAGAGAGCUUAGAUGAAUUGGUUGUUCCCUCAAGUGCAUCCAUGGAUGUGAAUGACGGCCUGUGUUCCACCUCUAAGGUUGAAAAAGGUCGUAAGGCUUCGAAGAAAAUCAAAAAAUCUGACCAGGAGGCUGAAGUCCCCUCGCCCACGAAAACAGCUAGGAAGCACUCCAAGAAGAAAUAGCACCAACGUCGAUUUCGAGUUGGAAAGUACCAGGAGAUGCUAAAAUAUUUUCCGUCAACCAACGAAAGUACAACUAACUUUUUUUCGACCCACUUCUUUCACCAAAGGGAUCUACGUUAAUCCAAUGAAGUGCCAAUGUUCAAUUUCCUCGAAAUAAAGCUCUAUUUAUCCGAUUUGCACCA